AUGCUUUGUCCAGAAGUUUGGAAUUUUCCACCACCAAAGGUAAUAACAGUACAGAAGAAAGAUGGUGAUUUCGAAAGCGUAUCAAAAAUAGUGAACCUAAACAAUUUUUAUAGAAGUGCAAUUAUAGUGUGUCCUGAUGAAAUUAACACACCACAAUUUAUAGAAGACGCCUUACUCGAAGAUAGUGAUUUCUAUGAAGUAUUUAACUGUCCAUUGGUAGAGUUUAUAGAUCCAAUUUUUAUACAAAAUUUCAUUAAAUCUGGUAAACUGCAUUUGUUAUCUGAUAGUAAUUGUAUUAUAGAAAACUGUGCGGCAAUUACGCCAGAUGGAAUCUUAACGUUACAUGUUCUGUCACCUCUGUAUCAAACUUUAGGCCUCGAAGGCAUAAAGUGCCGAAAUAAUUAUUAUGAAAUGAAGAUUGAUCUAAAAAAAUUAAAAAACAUUGAUAGAGUAAAAAAAGCUUUAAUAAAGAUGAAAACUCUCAACUUUUUUGUAUCUUGGGUACCAGAUACAGAAGAUGUUUGCCCUUCGUCAAUAGCUAAGUACUUAUGUGACAAGAGAAUAUUUGUUUCAUGCCAUAGUUUAGAAGUGCAAAGAUUGAAUCCAGAAAUAAAGGAAAUUCCCACAUUAGCUGAUUCAGAAAUAGAUGAAAUGGUGGAAUGGGUUGGAAUGUUAGCUCUUGGUGCCGAUUUGUCACCGACAGAAAGUUACAUUAGUACUUAUAGUGAGCCAGAAUGUGCUGCAACUAUAAAAUCAUCUAGAAUAUCAGUAUUAAUUGUGAAAGGCUUUUUGACACCCAAUUUAAUUUCGAAUACAUGCCAAUUACUAUCUGAUUAUGCAAGUUCAAGGGAAUUAGAAAAUUAUUGGGCAUCAAUAAGUAUUCAAAGCAUAGAAGAUAGUUUGUGGCAGUGGAGUACAAGUACUCUGAGAGUGUUCUGUCCGCAGAAUUGUUCUUGUAACAUUUUUUUUUCUAGAGAAAGCAGCACAGUGUAUUCUAUAGGGCAAUUAAAAUAUUCA